AUGGAUAAUGUUGGACAAUCUCAACAGCAACAACAGCAACAACAAUUGAUACAACAACAACAACAACAACUUCAACAAUUACAACAGCUGCAACAGUUUCAACAACAGUAUCAACCACUGUACCAACAGACAACACCACCUCUACAGUAUCAACAGCCACCACCACCCCCACAGUAUCAUCAAUUGUAUAAUCCAUUCGGUAACGGAACUAAUGGAGAUAAUCUGAAUAUAUCAUCAUCUUCUACUUUUAGUAUGGUUAAAGAGAACGGAAUAUCUUUAGCACAGUUACAAGUACAGCAAUCACCUCAAAUUCAAUCACCUCAAAUUCAAUCACCUACAAUUCAAUCACCUAUAGUUCAACCACAGAUUCAACCACCUCAACAGCAACAACCUCAGAUUAAUAAUAAUAGUCAUGUUGAGGUGACAACAACUACGACUACUACAACAGAUGAAAGUAUAGAUGAUGAAGACGAAGAAGAAGAAGAUGAAGAUGAUGAAGAAGAGAUCAUUGUGAAUAAAACAAAUAAUAGAAGAUUGAAUAAUAGUUUCAAUGUUGUCGAGGAAGACGAUGACGAUAUCGAAAAUGAAGAGGAAGAUAAUCAGGUUGCAGAUGAAGCCGGUAACAAUGUAGUCGUUGAGCAACAAGCCGCUGCUGCUGUUGCCGCCCCUGGAAAGCGAUCAAAGAAAUCAAAGUCAGAGGUUGCAGAUGACUUUGACUCCUCUGAUGGCAAGAAGGAAAGUGAUGACGACUACGAACCACCCAGUGACGAGGAGGAAGAGGAAGAUGACUACCGAUCACCGUCUCCACCCGCCAGAAGACGUGGUGCCGCCGCCGGUGGCACAAGAUCCAGACGUUCCGGUCCAUCGUCACGACUCGACCAAUACGACGACGACUAUCUAAUGGACGACAAUGACGAGUAUGAAAACGAUGGAUUCGUCGUAUCCGAUGCAUCAGAGUCUGGCUCUGACUACGAGCCAAACCCAAGAAAGAAAAAGUCGAAAAAGUCUGCAGCUGCAGCAGCGGCGACAAAGAAGAAAGGAAAAGCAGCUGCGAACACUAGAGGAAGAAGAGGAAGAGGACGACAACAGUAUUCGAGUGAGGAGGAGGAUGGCUAUGGAAGAGCGGACGACGAUGAUGACGACGAUGAAGAUUGGGCACCGGCAAACAGACCGACAAGAGCACGUAGACAGACUGUCAGACUAUAUGAAGAGCUGGCGGGUGACGGAGAGGAAGGAGGAAUGCAAGACGUCGACGACCAACAAUCUGCAGAUGAAGUACUUAGCGAUGCACACAGUUACUCACAAUCAUCGGACGAAUAUAGCGAUCAAGAGAAACCAAAAAGAAACAGACAAACAACAUCAACAACAAGAAAACAAUCAAAAGAUGAUGUUGAUUAUGAAACUAUUACAAUGGGUAAUCUAAGACAGAGAAAUAAUAAUGGAUUCGAUUAUCAAGCACAUUUCAUGAGUGAUGAGGAUGAAGAUGAAAUGAUGUUAGCAGCAACGACAACAACAGAGAAACAAGUAGGACCAGUAGAAACAACAGAAGAUACAAUCGAGAGAAUCGUAGAUCAUCGUUUGAAAACAGGUUGUGAAGUCAAUGAGAAUGAAACAACAUUCAAUGUUGAACUAUACGAAUUUUUAGUAAAAUGGAAAGGUUGGGCACAUAUUCAUAAUACUUGGGAUAAUUAUGAAACAUUAAUGGGAUUCAAAGGUGGAAAGAAAUUGACCAACUAUGCAAAGAACAUCAUCGAGUUGAAUCAAUGGAGAAAGGAGGCAUCGCGUGAGGAUAUUGAACAGGCUGAUAUUGCAAAGGAGUUGACUCAACAAGAGUAUCAAGAGUCUCUCAAGGUCGAGCGUAUCAUUGCAUCUCGUGAGGUAGAGGUCACAACAGAGUAUCCAGGUGGUAUUCAGUAUCUAGUCAAGUGGGGAAGUACACCGUAUAGUGAUGUCACAUGGGAGUAUCCUGAGGAAAUCAAACUCUAUCAGAACGAGAUUGACGACUACCUGGAAAGACAGCAAGCCGCCCAGUCCAACUCGAAACACACUGGUGGUGUCAGUCCAAAGAAACGUCUUGAACAAGGUUUCGUCAAGUUCGAAGAGCAACCCGAUUGGAUCAACGCCGGAAAGUUGAGAGACUACCAAAUGGAGGGUCUAAACUGGUUGGUUCAUUCAUGGAAAAACAAUACUAAUGUAAUUCUUGCUGAUGAAAUGGGUCUUGGUAAAACAAUUCAAACUAUUUCAUUUAUAUCCUAUUUAUUUAAUGUACAGAAUUUGAGUGGUCCAUUUUUGGUGGUUGUUCCAUUGUCUACCAUUGAGAAUUGGCAUCGUGAAUUUACAAAGUGGGCACCGAAAAUGAAUUUAAUCGUUUACACUGGUAGCUCAGCAAGUCGAGAUAUCAUUCGUCAAUUCGAAUUCUACCAACCAACUAGAUUCGGAAAGAAAAAGAUUAGUUUCAAUGUUUUAUUAACUACCUAUGAUUUUAUCUUGAAAGAUAAAAACUAUUUGGGAGCUAUUAAAUGGGAAUAUUUAGCUGUAGAUGAAGCACAUCGUUUGAAAAACAAUGAAUCGAUGCUCCACGAAGUGUUAAAGUAUUUCCAUACUAGUAAUCGUUUAUUGGUUACUGGUACUCCUUUGCAAAACUCGCUAAAGGAACUUUGGAAUCUCUUGAAUUUCUUGAUGCCAAAUAAGUUCCACUCGCUCGAUGAGUUCCAAGAUCAAUAUGCAGACUUGAAGGAGAAGGAUCAGAUUGCCGAGCUUCACAAUGUGUUGAAACCACAUUUACUCAGAAGAAUCAAAAAGGAGGUGGAAAAGUCGCUGCCAGCGAAAACUGAGAGAAUCUUGCGUGUCGAUCUGUCACCGACCCAAAAGAAAUACUAUCGUUGGAUUCUCUCAAAGAAUUUCCACGAACUGAACAAGGGUGUCAAGGGAGAGAAAACAACUCUACUCAAUAUCGUUGCAGAGUUGAAAAAGACAUGUAAUCAUCCGUACCUCUUUGAGAAUGCCGAGGAUCUCAAUGCCGAGAAUCCACUGGACGCCAUGGUCAAAGCCUCUGGAAAGUUGAUUCUGCUCGACAAACUUUUGGUGCGACUGAAAGAGACCGGUCAUCGUGUAUUGAUUUUCUCACAGAUGGUCAGAAUGCUCGAUAUCCUCGCCGAUUAUCUCAAGGGAAGAGGCUUCUUGUUCCAACGACUCGAUGGUUCCACCUCGCGUGAGAAACGUAGUCAGGCAAUGGAUCGUUUCAACGCCGAGGGCUCGCCAGACUUUGCUUUCCUGCUGUCAACGCGUGCCGGUGGUUUGGGUAUUAAUUUGUCGACGGCCGACACUGUAAUCAUUUUCGACAGUGAUUGGAAUCCACAGAACGAUUUGCAAGCGGAAGCAAGAGCACAUCGUAUCGGACAGAAGAACACCGUAAACAUCUAUCGUCUCGUUUCGAAAUCGACUAUCGAAGAGGAGAUUUUGGAGCGUGCCAAACAAAAGAUGGUUCUCGAUCAUCUUGUCAUUCAGUCGAUGGAGAAAUCAUCGACCAAAACAACAUCGUCCAACGUCUUUAACAAAGAAGAGUUGGAUGCCAUUCUAAAGUUUGGAGCGGAGGAUCUCUUUAAGGAGGGAGAUGAGAACUCAAACACCAUGCAAGAGAUGGAUAUCGAUGAGAUUCUCUCGCGUGCAGAACAACGAGAAUCCACUGGAGAGAGCACUGCCGGUGAGGAACUGCUCAACUCUUUCAAGGUGGCAAACUUCUCCACUGGCGACACAAACAGUAAGGAGGAAACCAAUUGGGCAAACAUCAUCCCCGAUAAAGAUAGAGUUGCACCUGUCGAAGAAGCACCUCUCUAUCUACCACCGAGAAGAGCAAGAAUCGAAAAAUCAUCUGCUGAACCAAAGAAAUCUCAAAACGAACCGAUUACAAUAACAAAGAAUCCAAGAAAAGAAAUAACUGCAUUUAACAAGAAGGAAUUGAAAUCACUAUUUAAAUCAUUUAGAAAAUUUGGAAACUAUCGUCGUAGUAAAGAGAUUUUGGUGGAUUGCGAUAUGUCUAAUAAGCCAGCUAGAGCAACCGAGGAGAUUUGUAGAGAGGUUAUCGAUGUUUGUAGACGUUGUGUCAAAGAGAACCCAGAGUCUGAUAAGAUUCAUGUACUAUUUGCAGGUGUAGAUAUCAAUGCUUCGGAACUCGUUCAGAAGGUAGAGGAGAUGGAUAUUCUCAGUCAGCUCUGUGAUGCAUAUGUAAAGAAUCAAGAGCAAUUUAGAGUCACCUUCCCAACUCGUCCGGUUUCAUGGGCAAUUAAAUGGGGUGCAAAAGAAGAUGCCAUGCUGUUGAUGGGUAUCCACAAGUAUGGAAAUGGCAAUUUCGAAUCAAUUCAAAAGGAUAAAUCACUUGGUUUCGAAUCGAUUAUCAGUUUGACAAACGAUCCACAGGAAACAACCACUGCUCCCGAUGGAUCGGUUGUGCCAGCUGCCCAAACCAAGAUUAAAGCUGCAACAUUGCAACGUCGUGUUGAUUCACUGUUGAAAGCUGCCAAAGAUUCUGUCAUUUUGAAAAAGAAAGAACCUGUUGCAUCUACUGCCAAGAUUCCACUCUCCAAGAAACGAAGAAGAAGUAGAGGAGACGAAGAAGAACAGGAACCAGAGGAAGUUGAAGAGGUUGAAGAGACCAAAUCUUCAAGAGGAAGAGGUAGAGGUAAAAGAGGUGGAAGUAGUCAUAGUAGAGAUAGCGGUAGCGGUAGUAGCAGCGGUAACAAGAGCAGUAGGACAUCUGCUCACUCCACCCCAACCAGAGGAAGAAGACCAAGCAACAAGAUGAUGUCGUCGGAGGAGGAGGUCAGUGAAGAAGAAGUCGUUAAGCAACCAUCGAGAAGAACUAGCUCAGGUAGAGUUUCAGUGCCACCUUCGAAGCUUAAUCAAUCUCCACACUCUUCACCCUCAAAGAGAGGUGGAAGAGGUGGAAGUAGAUCAACGACAACCACCACAACGACAACCACCACCAACAAUCAUAGUAACAGUCGUAGACAUCUGCUCUCUGACGAAGAAUCAACGGUUGUUCACAGUGACAGAGGUGCUCAUACAGCUAGAAGAGGAACUUCCUCCACCAGCUCAGCACAACAAAAGAAACGAUAUAUGGACGAUUCUUCGGGUGAUGAAGAAAGUGGAUCGCGAACCAAAUACGACCAAACUACGCUCAAUAAGUGCAAGCAGUAUCUAACACCCAUCAAAAAGCAUCUCGAGAAGUUCAAACAUCUUUCCGAUAGCUCAGUGACCAUGUCACGUGAGGAUAAACUUCACAAAACCAAAAAGUAUUUACUUUCACUUGGCAAUGAGAUUACCAGUGUCAUGGAUAAACACAAAGGUAACGAAUCACUAGAGAAUCAUUUGUGGUACUACGCAUCACAGUUCACAGCAAGAGGUGGUGAGGAAUUGAGGCAACUGUUUAACAAGAUGAAGAAAACAGAUAAACCAGAACAAAAAUCUACAACAACUACAACUGAACAGAAACCCCCAAUGAAACUGACACUUAAUCUUAAAAAGAAAUAA